AUCAUGAAUCACAAGUCGCUCUCAUUCCAUAAUCAACACAACCAUGGCUGCUAGCUUCACUUAUUCGGCAGUGUUCCUAACCCUGUCCGUGGCUUAUUACGGGAAUAUUAUUUCCGCAAGAAUCGUGUCCAAAAACAAUACUAUUCCUGCAACCCGACAGUCGUCAUGUUCCUGCGGAGUGUCCACGGUCCGAAAAAGCAGUCGAAUAAUUAACGGCUCUCCCGCCGUCGUCGGGGAAUUUCCAUGGCGUUGCAUUGUAUACACGACUAAAUCCAAUUCCUUUUGUUCCGGCACCAUCAUCAGUCCCAGCAUCGUCAUGGUUGCGGCACACUGUUUGGACCCCCUUAUCCCGACCGAUGGUCUUGUCGUCGACGUGGGUGACCUCGACAUGGGGUCAACCACCGAAACUCCCAGCUUCUGGACGGCAGCACGCGCCAUCGCGAAACAUCCAGCCUACGACCGGGCAACACUUAAGAAUGACAUUGCCUUGGUCUACUUGCAAAUUCCGCUCACAUUUUCGCCCACCGUCCAACCCGCUUGUCUCCCAUUUGCUCUCAAAGGACUAAACUUGGACUUGAAUAAGGUCACCGUUUCCGGUUGGGGAAUGACCAAGUAUGGUGGAUCUGUCUCGGAAAAACUGAUGAAAGCUGAGAUGCUCGUUCUGCCAGAGGCUGUAUGCCGACGCUCUUUUGGUACUGCAUGGCCGGAAACGAAUCUCUGCGUUGGGAUGCAAGGGAAAUCUGCUUGCAGUGGGGAUAGUGGUGGUGGUGCGGACUUCUUGAACACGACGACUGGAAGGUCGUACACCAUCGGGGUCACAAGUGCCGUUGCUCCAGGUUGCAAUACUAAUGUUCCAAACAUUUUUACGAGAGUUACAAACCAUUUGGAUUGGAUUAUUUCAAUGUCGCAUGGAGACACAUUUUGUCAACCGGAAUGAGCGCGGAAUUACUGGAACCGCUUUAAGUGAAUAAUUAAAUUACUAAUUGAAUGUACUACAUAAAUCCGACUGCAUUUGUGACUAAUUUGUAACGGAAUGCUUAAAAAUAAUAAAUUGUGAUUAUGCAAACCUGA